GUUAAAUUUGAAAAUGUAUCAGAAAAUGAGAAAUACUAUGUUUUCACCUGUGAAGUUCCAUGCAAUUGACUAUACUUAUGAGAAACUGGAAAAAGAGAGAAUUACCUUUCAGUUGUUAUCAAUUCACCUCCCUUUUAGUUUAUACCAGGAUAUACAUUACUAUCAUAAUGGAAAAUUGAUUGAUAAUAAAUAUAGAAGACCCUGGACAAGAGCUUCAGCUGAUUCCACUGCGAUUAAUAUUUCAGUAGCUGAUAUUUGGAAAAAAUGUUUCUUCACUGAAGAUUUCUUAGAGAAGUGAGUCUUCUUUUAAAUUGGAAGCGACAAUGUUGCAUUCCAAAAUUAAUUUACUUAGGGAUUUU